UUGGACCUCACCGAGGUUUUAAACAAACUUCGCUAGCAGAAAACAUUUGGUAAAAAAAGGGAAAAAGAUAGACACAAUUAAUUCAUACGAGGAAGAAUUGAAGUCAAAAUAUUGACACGAUUGUGUCAAAUUCCAUAGUAAUCAUGGAAAAGCAUUGAAGAGUUGAUGUGAUCUUUUUUGAGUGGAGCGUCGAAGAUCGCGGCUUUACAAAGAUGGCAAAAAAUACUCUGAUUUACCUUCGUAUUGGCGAGGGAAAAGAYCUCCCUCCUAAAGACAUAUCAGGGAAAAGCGACCCUUACUGUGCCAUCAAGGUCGACAACGAAGUAGUAGCGAGGACGGCUACAGUGUGGAGAGAUCUCCAUCCAUUCUGGGGCGAAGAAUUUGCCAUGUUUCUGCCCGGCGGGUUUACGAAUCUUUCCAUCACGGUCUUUGAUGAAGAUACUUUCAGGGAGGACGAUCGAAUCGGGAAGAUCACUUUUACGAGAGAAGUGCUAACACAUUGCCCCAGGGGUGUGGAGAAGUGGUUUCCCCUGUCCCCAGCUUACACUGAUGAUGAUAUUCAAGGAGAACUGCGGAUCGAAACAACUGUCUUUGUAAAAGGAGAUGUUACUAAAGUUAAAGUAAAGAUUGUCGAGGCGAGAGAUCUCCCAGAACACCUGUUCCAUGAUACCACGGGUCCAUUCAUCCAUUUGAUGCUAACAGACAAACAGAAGAGUAAAGAGGCUUUAGCCAAUACACGAAGACAUUCCUCGGUCAUACCAAACAAAGAAGUAACUUCGUACUUCAUUCAGCUGUGCGGAGGAGCCAACGARUCCUCUUCAGCGUCCAAGCGAACUCGUUUUCCAAAAACCCAACAAGUCUUUGAAUUUGAAAGCAAAUCCUACACCAACGACCUCAAGAUAGUUGCUGAAGUACUUGAUCAAGUGGAUUCGAGAAACUCCUUGGGGGAGGCUGUAGUUUUUCUAUCAAAGCAUGUGGAUGGUCAAACCAAGGACGUCUGGUACAAACUCUUUCCCACUCCAUACCAAAGGCACCGAAAACCAGAAAACUUAGGGAGCAUCAGAUUAAAAGUCAGCCUAAUGGAGGAGUAUGUCUUACCAUCAGUAUCCUAUCAACCUCUGAUGGACUUGAUAUCAGAACCAGUCACUGGGAUCCCAACCAAGGGAGUGGAUGCCAUCAGCAUAAUGGAAGAUAUGGCUACACUGGACCACGCAUGCGUUGCACGUCAAAUGGUGAAGAUCUUCAUUGGUCAGAAUUCACUGAUAUCUUUUUUGGACUGGAUUACUAACAGAGAGAUACAGAGAACGACGAGUCUUACUACAUUAUUCAGAGGGAACUCCCUGGCAUCGAAGGCAGUGGAACAAUUUAUGAAGAUCGUAGGGAUGCCAUACUYGUACAGUGUUCUCAAGCCCACUAUUGACAGGAUUUUCGAGGAACACAAGGUGUGCGAGCUGGAUCCAUGUCGCGUCGAGAAACCAAAACCCCUAGGAAUAAGGCGACUGAGUCUUCGUCCAGAAGAUGACACGAUCGCUCGCAGCGUUUUAACCAUUCGCGGUURCCUGAACUCUAUCAUGACGGCCAUCUUGAAGUCUGUUCAAGAAUGUCCUGUGUUCAUGCGAAUUGUCUUCAGGAAUCUGGCCAGAAGGGUUUAUCAACACUUUGGUGAAGACUCUGGAAACGAGGAUCUGAAAUACCUUGCAAUCAGUGGGUUUUUCUUUCUCCGUUUCUUUGCUCCCGCCAUUCUUGGCCCCAAGCUUUUCAGCCUCAGGGAUCACCACGCGGACAAAAGCACGUCUCGGACACUUACUCUCUUGGCAAAGAUAGUUCAAAAGAUCAGUAACCUGGAGACGCAAGUCAACUCUCGUAACGAAGAAUGGAUGGCUCCUCUGGCAGGCAGCAUCGAGUUGUACUCUGAACAGCUGAGGGACUUCUUUGAUAGGAUUAUGGACGUGGAUGAUUCACAGGUACCCGGAUGUGGCCAUCGCCGUAGUGUAUUCGACCAAUCRGUAAUCAUUAAAGAAGGCUACCUCAAGAAGUGUCGUUUUAACAUCGUCAAGCUUCCCAAGGCCUUCGUGUUCAAGAAGCGCUAUUGCUGGUUGAGUACAGAGAACUUCCUCUACAGCCAUGCGCCUGAUGCUCAGACCCGCCAGUUUUUGCCGACACACAAGAUCGUAGCGGUAGAAAGAGUGGACGAUUGCGCCUUCCAAAAAUCGAACGUCUUUCAAGUGAUAAGUGAGGAAUAUGAAGGCGCUUUACAGACACUUUACUUGUCGUGUCAGGAUGUCAAUGAGAUGAAUCAAUGGAUGUCUGCGAUCAGAAAGACGAUCGUCUCCAAUCCACGUGUACUGACUCUUUAUCAUUCAGGAGUCUACCAUCGCCGCAAGUGGAAGUGCUGUGGGAAGGUUAAUAGAGCUUGUACUGGAUGUAGUCGCAGCAACGGUCAAGUGAUCCUCAGCGACUGGCGAGAUCCACUGGACCCCGAUGCAGAAAUCCAAAUGCUCUACACACAGCUUUUCCUCAGCCGCGAUGAGCUCCAACAGAAAUUCCUUGAAGGCUCGACCGGGGGGGCUAAGGACAAGCCUGGUGAGUGUAAGCCUCGUGAUGACGUCAGAGCAGCUGUGGCCAACCUCUUAGACGUGAUUGACAGGUUGUACGAGUCACACCGGGCUUUUGAAAGAAGGACAUCGAAAAUGAAGCUAUGAUUGCGAAGAAAGGAAAAUACUGUUUAACUAGUCGAGGUAGUUUAUUUAAACAUGUGGUUGAGAUUUUUUAGUGAAGGAACCAAAGCCGAUGCUGACACUAAAAGAAAAACCUGUCACUGGUGAUCCAGCAUGAUAAAUGUCACCUUAAUGUAAAAGUAAAAAAUAUAUACAUUUUAAAUAUAAAAGUAACUUUCAAACCAUAUGAAAAAAUGCAAGCUGACGUUGGAAGAUUUCUCAGUUACAGAAGUUAAAUAAAGUGCAACCUUAUUUGAGGCUUGAGGCACAAUAAAAUAAGACUAUUGUA